AUCCACACGGGGGAGAGGCCCUUUGAAUGCCGUGAGUGUAGGAAAAGCUUCACUCACAGAUCAGACCUUUUUGUUCAUCAGAGAAUCCACACGGGGGAGAGGCCCUAUGAAUGCCGUGAGUGUGGGAAAUGCUUCACUAGCAGCUCAAAUCUUUCUAAACAUCAGAGAAUCCACACGGGGGAGAGGCCCUUUGAAUGCCGUGAGUGUAGGAAAAGCUUCACUCACAGAUCAGACCUUUUUGUUCAUCAGAGAAUCCACACGGGGGAGAGGCCCUAUGAAUGCUGUGAGUGUAGGAAAAGCUUCACUCACAAAUCAGUCCUUUCUAGACAUCAGAGAAUCCACACAGGGGACAGGCCCUAUGAAUGCCGUGAGUGCGGGAAAACCUUCAAUCGCAGUUCGCACCUUAUUAGGCAUCAAACAAUCCACAGAAGAGAGAGGCCCUAUGAAUGCAGUGAGUGUGGAAAAUGCUUCACUAAGAGUUCAGCCCUUUCUGUUCAUCGAAGAAUCCACACAGGGGAGAGGCCCUAUGAAUGCCGUGAGUGUGGGAAAAAUUUCACUUACAGAUCAGGCCUUUCUAGACAUCAGAGAAUCCACACAAGGGAGAGGCCCUAUGAAUGCCAUGAGUGUAGGAAAAACUUCACUCACAGAUCAGCCCUUUCUGUUCAUCAGAGAAUCCACACAGGGGACAGGCCUUACGAAUGCAGAGACUGUGGGAAAACAUUCAAUCACCGAUCAAACUUUAUUACCCAUCAGAGAAUCCACACAGGGGAGAGGCCCUAUAAAUGCUGUGAGUGUGGAAAAUGCUUCACUAAGAGUUCAGCCCUUUCUGAACAUCAGAAAAUCCACACAGGGGAGAGGCCCUAUGAAUGCCGUGACUGUGGGAAAACCUUCAGUUGCAGCUCAAACCUUUCUAAACAUCGGAGAAUCCACACAGGGGACAGGCCCUACAAAUGCCAUGAGUGUGGGAAAACCUUCACUCAAAGAUCAGCCCUUUCUGUUCAUCAGAGGAUCCACACAGGGGAGAGGUCC